AUGGCGGUGUACAAGGUGAAGCUCCCCGCGGAGUUCCGAACCGGCACGGUGCGGCCGACGACCCCGACGGAGGCCUCGACGCGACGCGCGCGGCUCGCCGCCGCGGUCGAGGCGCGCCGCUCGUCGGUCUCGCCGUCCGACUCGAGCGAGGAGAACUACCCGGGGCUCGUGAACGGGUCGAUCGAGCGCCUGCAUGUCCCGACGACGCGACGCACAGCUGGCGGCGGCGAACGCGCGACCGGCGGCGGCGAACGCAUAGCCGGCGGCGACCGCGACGACGACGAGCGGCCGACCGCGGACGCCGGGUUCGACGCGUCGAUGGGGCGCGUCGGCCGCUUCCCGCCGCGACUCCCCGGCGACUGGACCGAGGCGCCGCACACGGCGACGAUGCCCUCGCGCGCCGUCGCCGGCGGCGACGCGUCGGAAGAUCCGAUCCUCGGCGGCGCGUUUCGAUGGGUGCCAAGCGACGACGGCGCGGAGGAGGGCCACCGCGUGCGGCCGACGACGGCGGAGCUGCCGCUGAACGUGGACACCGCGGCGCCGCUCGAGUGGUUCGACGACCCCGAGUUCGAGACGUCGAAGGCGAUGACGGACUGGCUGGAGAAGGCGGAUAAAGAGCGCGACGCGCCCGGGAGCGCGGCGAAGUCGCGGUAUUACUCGCAGCACGGGCAGUUCAGUUGGGAGCCGUGCUACGCCGUCGCGUACGACGAGGCGGACGAGACGUUUCUCAUCGAGUGGAAGAAAACUCCGGGGUCGCGCAAGAAGGUGAAGCGAUUGAACGUACUAUUCGACGCGGAGUCGCGCCCGCGGUUCCGCACGAGGCUGGCGGCGGCGAUGACGAUGCGCGAGCGGCACGAAGCGCGGAGUCGGUAUCACGCCUUCGUCGAGAAGCAGUCGUUUACGAACGACGACCGCGCGAUAUUAAACGAGGAGUUUAAACGCCGCGUGAUGCGCGGCAGCGACUGGGACCUCGCGUGCGCGCUCCCGCACGUCGUGGACGAGGAGAUCGAGGCUGCGCGAGAGGACUACCGCCGCGCGGUGAAGCGAUCCGUCGUGGACCUAGAUCUUCGAGUCGCGAACAAGGCGAAGCGGAUGCGCGAGCGAGACGGCGUCGAGCAGAUCAAGUUCGCGCCGCCGACGCCGGCGCGCGCGUGCGCGGAAUACGACGGCGAGCGGCCGUUCUACGACGUGCAGGACGACGUCAUCGCGUCUUUACCCGUCGCGGACAAGAUGUACCUCGCGACGGCGCAAAAGUUUUACCGAGACAUCGACGCGAGAGAGCUCACGCUAAUCGACGCGGACGACGCCCCGGGCUCGGCGCUGAGUAAACUCCGCGCGCCGAUGACGCUGAAGACGUACGAGGAGUACCAACGGAACCACCUCGAGGCGUGCGAGGACGCGCUCAAGUCGAGCAUGGUGGCGAAGACGGUGGGCGCGCUGCAAGAUUUGGAGCACGAGGCGCUCAUGCUCCACGAGUCCAUUCCGAAGAAGGACCGCGACGCGAGGGCGGCGAGCGCGGCGGCGCGCGAGCGAACGAUGCCGCGGUUCGUCCGCCAAAUAUCGCUGACGAUCAAGGACCAGAUUCGCACGGUGGUGCUCAACAGCGUGACCGGGUUCCGCGACUUUUGGUCGCGGUUCGAAGGCGGCGACGCCGCCGUCGCCGCCGUCGUCAACUACCACCUCCCGUUUCUGAGGGUGGACCUCGUCGUCCGCGACGGCGCGCCCGCGUUCGAUCCGCCGCUGCAGACGGUCCAUGACGUCGUCCUCGCGCUGUUCGACGACGCGCUCGCCGCCGUCAGAGGCAUCGCCGACGUCAGAGACGAGCUCGCGAAGGACAGCGGGGAGCUGGACGACGACGCGGCGCCGCCGGAGCCGGUGGCGACGCCCGCGGACGACGAGCCGACGAUCAAAGAGGCUCGAGAGAUUAUUCGAGACGUCGUCGCGGAGAAUUUCAAAGGACCGAGGGAGCUCGCGAAGACGUACGAGCAGUUCGAGGAGCUCAUGGAGAAGCCGGAGCCGGAGCCGGAGCCGGAGCCGGAAGCUGUCGAGGAGGGCGAGGCGGGCGCGGAGGCGGCGGCGGAGGCGCCGCCGCCCGCGGAGGGCGCCGGAGCCGAAGCCGAAGCCGGCGCGGAGAAGCCCGCCGAGGGCGACACCGCGCCCGCGGCGGACGCCGUGCCCGCGGCCGAAGGCGAAGCCGCCGCCGCGCCGCCGCCGCCGCAGCCCGUCGUCGAGGAGGAAGAGGACGACGAGGGCGACGACGACUACGCCGCCGCCGCCGCGGCGAAGGAGAAGAAAAAGCUCACGCUCCCCGAGAUCGACGCGGAGGUGAAGCGCCUCGCCGCGCUCGCGGUGACCGUGGACCGACACACGGAGACGUUCGUGCCGUUCCGCAUGAUCGGCGCGGACUGCAAGCCGAUCAAGACGUCGCUCAUCGACACCGCGCUCGGUCGCCGAACGGCGCUCUUGACCGAGCUGAACGACGAGUUCGACGCGAUCAACCGCGAAAUCGUGGACAAGUUUACGAAAUUCGCGAAAGGUUUAGAAGUCGACUGCGAUACCGCGGAGGACCUCGACGCGCUCAUGAAGUUUUGCAUCAACGCGCACAAGGAGAUGGCGAAGAUCAGAGAAGAGACGAUCGUCUGCGGGGAGAUGAACGACGUGUUCGAAACGAACGGUCACGUGCUGUCGAACGACAGCGUCGAGACGUACUGGUCCGCGGUGAUGUGGCCAGCGGUGAUGCUCAAGCUUCUCGCCGGGACGGACGAAAAGGUAGAGGAGUGGAAGAAGACGUUCAAGAAGCAGCUGAAGAACGAUCAGCGGAAGCUCUCCGACGACACGGACGAGAUCGGGAUCGAGGUGGACAAGUUCGUGAGCACGGGCGACUUCAAUGACGUCGAGGACAGCGUGAUCAAAUCGCAGGACAUCGACGACGUCUUGAAACGACUCGGCGCGGAGGCGGCGCUGUACGCGUCGCGGGAAGAACUCUUCGAGCUUCCGAAGACGGACUAUCCACAGCUCGUCAUGGUCACGAAAGCGUUCGAGCCGUACAAGACGAUGUGGGCGCUGUGCGGCGACUUCACGAACACGGUCCCGCAGUGGAUGACGGGGCCGUUCACGUCGCUCGACCCGGAGAAGAUGUCGAACAAGAUCGACAAUUGGUACAGAGCGCUCUUGAAAAUCAUCAAAAACUUGAAGGGCCCGCCGCUUACCGUGGGCGAGACGCUCAAGGGGGAGAUCGAGGAGUUCCGCGAGCGCAUGCCGCUCAUCGCGGCGAUGCGCAACCCCGGUCUCCGCGACCGUCACUGGGCGACGAUCAGCGAGAAGGUUGGCUUCGCGGUGAAGGCGGAUAAGGACUUUAGCAUCGCGCGCGCGUUGCAGUUGGAUCUCCCCGCGCACCUCGAGGUCAUCGAAGGCGUCUCCGAGAACGCGAGCAAGGAGUACUCGCUCGAGAGGACGCUGGAUAAGAUGCAAGGCGACUGGACCGGUAUCGUGUUCGAGACCGCGCCGUGGAGAGAGACGGGCAGCACGAUCCUCAAGGGCUUGGACGAGACGCAAAUGCUUCUCGACGACCAAAUCGUGAAGACGCAGUCGAUGCGCUCGUCGCCGUACAUCGGUCCUUUCGAAGACCGCGUGAAGCUGUGGGAGGCGAAGAUCAACACGAUACAAGAGGUCAUGGACGCGUGGUUGAAGUGUCAGAACGGAUGGCUGUACCUCGAGCCCAUCUUCGGGUCGGACGACAUCAUGUCGCAGAUGCCGACCGAGGGGCGAAAGUUCAAAACCGUGGACACGACGUGGCGGAAGACGAUGCUCAAGCUCGAAGUCACCGCGGAGGUUAUCAUCGUCGGCAGCGACGAGGAGCUCCUCGCGACGCUGAACAAAUCCAACGGGCUGCUCGACGAGGUGAACAAGGGGUUGUCGGAGUACCUGGAAACGAAACGCCUCGCGUUUCCGCGUUUUUAUUUCCUCUCCAACGACGAGCUCCUCGAGAUUCUCUCGGAGACGAAGGACCCGCUGCGCGUGCAGCCGUUUUUGAAGAAAGUCUUCGAAGCGAUCAACCUCCUGGAGUUUCAGAAAAACCUCGAAGUCACCGCGAUGUUAUCCGAAGAAGGCGAACGCGUCAAGUUCAAAAACAGCUUCAACCCGAAAAAAGCGGGCGGGAACGUCGAGAAGUGGCUCAUCGAGUGCGAAGCCGCGCAACGCGAAACCGUCGCGGACGUGUGCGUGAAAUCCUCCGAGGCGUACGCGACGUCGAAGCGCACGGACUGGAUGGUGAAGUGGCCCGGCCAGGUCGUGUUGUGCAUCGGGUCGCUGUACUGGACCGCGCAGACGGAGGAGGCGAUCACGAAGGGCGAGAUGCCCGCGCACGCGAAGAUGUGCAGCGAUCAGCUCAUGGACAUCGUCGAGAAGGUCAGAGGGAACCUGACCAAGUUGCAGCGCAAGACGCUCUCGGCGCUCGUGGUGUUGGAAGUCCACGCUCGAGACGUCGUGGCCGAUCUCGCGGCGAAGAACGUCCCCACCCCGGACGAUUUUGAGUGGGCGUCGCAGUUACGGUACACCUGGGACACGAUCGACGGCGAGAAGGCGGUCAUGGUGCGAAUGAUCAACGCGGCUAUUCCCUACGGGAACGAAUAUUUAGGCAACUCGUCGCGGCUGGUGAUCACGCCUCUGACGGAUCGGUGCUACCGAACCCUCAUGGGCGCGGUGCACCUCGACGUCGGCGGUGCGCCCGAGGGCCCCGCGGGCACGGGAAAGACGGAGACCACGAAAGAUCUCGCGAAAGCGAUCGCGAUGCAGUGCGUCGUGUUCAAUUGCUCGGACGGGUUGGACUACCUGGCGAUGGCGAAAUUUUUCAAAGGCCUCGCCGCGUCGGGCGCGUGGGCGUGCUUCGACGAGUUCAACCGGAUCGACCUCGAGGUUUUAUCCGUCAUCGCGCAGCAGAUCUUAACCAUCACGCGCGCGAAAGCGCAGCGACAGCUCGUGUUCGAGUUCGAAGGCACGAUGCUGCCGCUUCGGCGGACGUGUAACGUCUUCAUCACGAUGAACCCCGGGUACGCCGGCCGCUCCGAGCUGCCGGAUAACCUCAAGGCGUUGUUUCGCACCGUCGCGAUGAUGGUCCCCGACUACGCAAUGAUCGCGGAGAUCAUGCUGUACUCGUGCGGGUACUUGGACGCGCGCGCGCUCGCGAUCAAGCUCGUCGCCACGUAUAAACUGUGCUCCGAGCAGCUCUCGAGUCAGUCGCAUUACGAUUACGGCAUGCGCGCGGUGAUUUCCGUGCUCAGAGCCGCGGGCGCGGUGAAGUUGAAAUACCCGGACCAAGACGAGAGCAUCCUGAUGUUGAUCUCGUUGAAGGACGUCAACCUCCCGAAGUUUCUCGCGCCGGACAUUCCGCUGUUUAACAACAUCCUGAGCGAUUUGUUCCCUGGCGUGGAGCUCCCGGAGCCGGACUACGACCACAUGCGCGCGUCGCUUCUUUCUGAGUGCGAAAAGGCGAACCUGCAGCCGACGCCGGUGUUCAUGGAGAAGACGUUCCAGCUGUACGAGAUGAUUCUCGUGCGCCACGGUCUGAUGCUCGUGGGAUACUCCUACGGCGCGAAGACGUCCAUGUACAGGAUGCUCGCGGGCGCGCUGAAGGAUCUGAACGGGAAGGGUUUACUCGAAGAGAACAAGGUGAAAAUCGUCGUCAUCAACCCGAAGAGCAUCUACAUGGGGCAGCUCUACGGACAGUUCGAUCCCGUCUCGCACGAGUGGCAGGACGGCAUCCUCGCGACGAAGUACCGCCAGUGCGCGGUGGACACGUCGCCGGACCGCAAGUGGGUCAUGUUCGACGGACCGGUAGACGCGAUCUGGAUCGAGAACAUGAACACGGUGUUGGACGACAACAAGAAGCUGUGUCUCAUGUCUGGCGAGAUCAUCGCGAUGAGCAACUCGAUGAACAUGAUCUUCGAGGUGCAAGAUUUAGCCGUCGCGUCCCCGGCGACGGUGUCGCGGUGCGGGAUGGUGUACGUCGAGCCGUCGAUGAUGGGCUGGGAACCUCUCAAGGAGUCGUGGAUGAACACCCUCCCCGCGAGCCUCGAGACGCACAAGCCGCGGAUCGAGGAAUUAUUCGCCUGGCUCGUCGAGCCGUGCAUGCGGUUCGUUCGAAAGAACUGCAAAGAGCUGAUUCCGACGUCGGACAUCAACCUCCCGUUCGCGCUGAUGAACAUCUUCGAGAGCAUGAUCGACGAGUUCAAAGCCGAGCCUUGCGAGGUCGAGGAGAAGCAUCAGAUCAACUUUAUCGACUGCUCGUUCUUGUUCGCGACGAUAUGGUCCAUAGGCGGCACGACGGAGACGGCUGGGCGGAUCAAGUUUGACCACUUUUUCCGCGCGCUCGUCGAAAACCGCGUGGACAAGUCCGAGGAGCGCAAGGACUUUGACCUCGGCCCAGGGCUGACGAUCACGCCUCCCGCGAAGAAGCUCGGGAAACCGCUCCCCGCGGCGAAAGCCGGGACGGUGUACAACUUCUUCUUCAACAAAGAACUCAUGGGCUGGCGCCCGUGGCUGGAGACGACGAAGGCGGAGCCGUUGAACCCGGAGUUGGACUUUCAAAACAUCGUCGUGACCACCGUGGACACGGUGCGGUAUCGCUACCUGUUCGACUUACUCACGACGCACGGCAAGCACGUCCUCUUCGGCGGCCCCACGGGUACGGGGAAGACGGUGUACAUCAAGCAGGCUCUGAAUUCGCAGGACCGGAGCAAGUGGACGAGCAUCAGCAGCACGUUUAGCGCGCAGACGAACGCGAACCAAAUCCAGGACAUCAUCGACGGGAAGCUCGACAAGCGACGCAAAGGCAUCUUCGGCCCGCCGUUCGGGACGAAAGCGGUCAUCUUCAUCGACGACCUGAACAUGCCGCAGCUCGAGGAGUACGGCGCGCAGCCGCCGAUAGAACUCUUGCGGCAGUUCAUGGAUCACGGCGGGUGGUACGACCGAAGCGAGCUCGUCAUGCGCAAGCUCGUGGACAUUCAGUUCGCCGCGGCGAUGGGUCCGCCCGGCGGCGGGCGGAACCCGGUCACCCCGCGUCUGCUUCGCCACUUCAACACGAUAUCCGUGUGCGAUUUCGACGACGCGUCGCUCACGCGCGUGUACUCCGCGAUCGUGGAGUGGUGGGGAGACCGCGCGCAGCUCUCGUCCGAGGUCAUGGGGAAGGCGUCGACGCUCGUCAAGGCGACGUUGGAGAUUUACAACACGAUCAAGAGAGAGCUUCUGCCGACGCCGGCCAAGUCGCACUACACGUACAACAUGCGCGACAUAUCCAAGGUGUGGCAGGGCGUGUCCAUGGUGGGCGCGCCGCCGAAGGACGUCCCGGAGCUCGUCCGGUUGUGGGCGCACGAGAAUUUGCGCGUGUUUCACGACAGGCUCGUGAACGACGAGGACCGGCUGUGGUUUUUCGAUUUCAUUCGCAAGAUGGUCGACAAGCACAGCGGGUUGAAGUUCGACAAGGUGUUCGCGCACCUCGACGCGGACGAUAACGGCAUUAUCGACAUCGUCGAACUCCGCAAGCUCAUGUUCGCGGACUUCGUCGAGGGCGACCAAGCCUACGCGGAGGUGCUCGACGUUCCCAAUCUCCUCUCCGUCGUCGAGGAGCAGUUGGUGGAUUACAACCAACAGUCCAAGACGCGAAUGGACUUGGUCCUCUUUCUCUACGCCGCCGAGCACAUCUGCCGGAUCUCUCGCGUCAUUCGUCAAGACCUCGGGAACGCGCUCCUCGUCGGCGUCGGCGGGUCCGGAAGGCAAUCGCUGACGAGGAUCGCGGCGUACAUGUCCGAGUACGCGGUGUACAGCAUCGCCAUCUCGAAGUCGUACGGCGUGUUCGAGUGGCACGAAGACCUGAAGAGCGUGCUCAGGAAAGCGGGCGGGGAGGGGAAACCCACGGUGUUUUUGUUCAACGACACGCAGAUCAAGCUCGAAAGUUUCCUGGAGGACAUCAACAACAUUUUGAACACCGGCGAGGUGCCCAACUUGUUCGCGAAGGACGAGACCGCGCAGGUGUGCGACAUGGUCGCGGUCAGGGCGAAGAAGGCGGGCGCGCCCGACGGCACGAUGGCGGAGCUUUUCCAAUAUUUCGUGCAGCAGUGCCGCGCGAACUUGCACAUGGUGCUGUGCAUGUCCCCCGUCGGCGACGCGUUCCGCGAGCGCCUUCGGAAGUUCCCGUCGCUCGUCAACUGCUGCACGAUCGACUGGUUCAGCGAGUGGCCGUCCGACGCGCUGCAGUCGGUCGCGUCGCAGUUUCUCAAAGACGUCGAGAUGGAAAAAGAAGAGACGCGCGACGCGUGCAUCGAGAUUUGUCAGAUGAUGCACCAGUCCGUGCGCACGCUCGCGGAAAAAUUCCUCUCCGAUCAAGGCCGCUUCUACUACGUCACCCCGACGUCGUACCUCGAGCUCAUCGGGACGUACAAGACGUUACUCGCGGAGAAACGCUCGUCCGUGAGCGCGUUGCGGAACCGUUACGAGAGCGGUCUCGCGCAAAUUUUCGACGCGGAGGACCAGGUCGGCGUCAUGAAAGAAGAGCUCAUCGCGCUCGGCCCCGUGCUCGAACGCACGCAGGUCGAGACCGACGAGAUCCUCGUCAUCGUCGCCGAGGAGACGGUCGAGGCGAAUAAGGUUCGAGAAGUCGUCGCGAAGGACGAGGCGUUCGCCGCGGAGAGAGCCGCGGAGGCCAAGGCGAUCAAAGACGAGUGCGAGGAGGAGCUCUCCGUCGCGAUUCCGAUGCUCGAAGCCGCGCUCGAGGCGCUGAACACGCUGACCAAGGCGGACGUGACCGAGGUCAAGGCGAUGAAGAACCCGCCGUCGGGGGUGAAGCUCGUCAUGGAGGCGGUGUGCAUCCUGAAAGGCAUCAAACCGGACAUGGUCAAGGACCCGAAGGGCGGCUUGAAGAAAGUCCCGGAUUACUGGGGUCCGUCGCAGAAACUGCUCGGCGACACGAGCUUCCUGCCGUCUCUGCACGAGUACGACAAGGACAACAUGGACCCGAAAAUCAUCAAGGCGAUCAAGCCGUUCAUCGCGAUGCCGGAGUUCGAGCCCGAGGUGAUCCUGAAGGCGUCCAAAGCCGCGUACGGUUUAUGUUGUUGGGCCCGCGCGAUGGAGGCGUACGACCGCGUCGCGAAAGUCGUCGCCCCCAAGAAGGCCAGACUCGCGGAAGCGGAGGCGGAGUACAACGUGCUCAUGGACGGUCUCAACGAGAAGCGCGCGAAGCUUCAAGAGGUGGAGGACAAGCUUCAGGCGCUGAACGAUAAGCUCGAGGCGAUGCAGGCGAAAAAGGUGCAGCUCGAGAACGACGUCGUGAUGUGCGAAAAGAAGCUCGAGCGCGCGGAGAAGCUCAUCGGCGGGUUGGGCGGGGAGAAGGAGCGAUGGAAAGAAGUCGCCGCGGAACUCGCGGUGGAUUACGCCAACCUCACCGGGGACGUGCUCAUAUGCGCGGGGUACAUCGCCUAUCUCGGCGCGUUUACGCUCCCGUACCGCGAAGAAGUUUUGCAAUCGUGGAAGGAGGCGCUUGAGGAGAAGGAGGUGCCGUGCGCGAGCGCGUUCAAGCUCGCGACCGUGCUCGGCGAGCCGGUGAAGAUCCGCGACUGGACGAUCGACGGCUUACCGAACGACUCGUUCAGCGUGGACAACGCGAUCGUCAUGAGCAAGUCGCGGCGGUGGCCGCUCAUCAUCGACCCGCAGGGGCAGGCGAACAAGUGGAUUCGAAACAUGGAGAAGAAGAACUCGCUCGCGGUGGUCAAGCUGACCGACGGCGAUUUCAUACGAAAGCUCGAAUCUUCGAUCCAAUUCGGGUUCCCCGUGCUGCUCGAGAACGUCGGCGAAGAGCUCGACCCGACGCUCGAGCCGCUCCUCUUGAAGAGCGUCUUCAAGCAGGGGGGCAGCAUGUGCAUCAAGCUCGGAGACAACACCGUGGAGUACCACGAAAACUUUCGGUUCUACAUCACGUCCAAGCUCCGCAACCCGCACUACCUCCCCGAGACUUCGGUCAAGGUCACGCUGCUGAACAUGAUGAUCACGAUCGACGGUUUGACCGAUCAACUCCUCGGGAUCGCGGUCGCGAAAGAGCGUCCCGACCUCGAAGAGGAGAAGGUGAAGCUCGUGCUUCAGGGCGCGGAGAACGCGCGGCAACUGAAAGAGGUCGAAGACAAGAUCAUCGAAGUCUUGGGCUCGAGCGAGGGCAGCAUCCUCGAGUCCGAGACCGCGAUCAACGUCAUCUCGAGCGCGAAGGAGCUCUCGAACGAGAUCAACCGGAAGCAGGAGAUCGCCGCGAAGACGGAGGAGAAGAUCGACGCCACGCGCCUGGGAUACCGCCCCGUAGCGAUUCACGUCGCGCACCUCUUCUUCAACGUCGGAGAGCUGUGUAACAUCGAGCCGAUGUACCAGUACUCGCUCGCGUGGUACGUCAACCUGUUCACGCACGCGAUCGAGCACGCGGAGAAGUCGUCCGAGUUGACCGAACGUCUCGAUAACCUCAUCGACUUUUUCACGUACUCGCUGUACAAGAACAUCUGCCGGUCGUUGUUCGAGAAGGACAAGCUGCUGUUUUCGUUCACGCUCGCGGCGACGAUUUUCGGGUACAAAGGGACGCUGGACCCGACCGAGUACCGGUUCUUGUUGACCGGCGGUUUGGGGAACAAGGCUGGGUCGGAGAACAUCCCGUGCGAGUGGUUGAGCGAGAAGCUCUGGCUCGAGAUGAUGCGCCUGAGCGACCUGCCGAAGUUUAGCGGCGCGCCGCCGCCGCUCCCGCGGGAGGAGACCCCGGGGACGCCCGAAGACGUCGCCGUCGCGGACGGCGACGCCCCGGCCGACGCGCCCGCGGCGGAACCGGAUCCCGAACCCGAGCCGGAGCCUGAUGACGCGCGCGAGAAGAAGCCGUCGUUCUGCGAGAUGUUCCAGGCUGACCCCGCGGCGUGGAAGCACGUCUACGACAGCGCGACGCCCGAGACGGAGGACAUCCCGGAGCCGUGGCGAUCCGACCUCGACGCGUUUCAGAAGCUCCUCGUCCUGCGCACGAUUCGCCCGGACAAGCUCACGCGCGCGAUUCAGCUCUACGUCGACGCGAGCAUGGGCCGGAAGUUCAUCGAGCCGCCGCCGUUCGAUCUGGAUCAGUGCUACGCCGACUCGACGUGUUUCACGCCGUUGGUGUUCGUGCUCUCCCCGGGGUCCGACCCCAUGGACGCGCUUCUAAAGUACGGAGAUUCGAAAGGCAUCCACCUCGAGUCGCUGUCGCUCGGGCAAGGGCAAGGCGCGAAAGCGGAGAAGCUCAUCAAGGACGCGUCCGCGAAGGGCUCGUGGGUCGUCCUGCAGAACUGUCACCUCGCGGUGUCGUGGAUGACGACGCUCGAUCGGAUUUGCGAGGAGUUCGUCACCAACGACGAGCCGCCGCACGAAGCGUUUCGAAUCUGGCUGACGUCGUAUCCGUCCCCGCACUUCCCCGUCGCGGUGCUUCAGAACGGCAUCAAGAUGACGAACGAGCCUCCGAAGGGGAUGCGCGCGAACAUGAUGCAGUCGUUCACGUCCGACCCGGUGUCGGACCCGGCGUUUUUCGACGGAUGCUCGCGGCCGAAAGAGUGGAAGAAGCUCCUCGUCGGCCUCGCGUUUUUCCACGCGUUCAUUCAAGAGCGGAAAAACUUUGGCCCGCUCGGAUGGAACAUCCCGUACGGCUUCAACGACCCGGACCUGAAAAUCUCGCUGCGGCAGCUCCGGAUGUUCUUGAACGAGGCGUCCCCGGACCAGCCGCUCGACGUGCCGUUGAAGGCGCUCGUGUACCUCGUCGGCGAGUGCAACUACGGCGGUCGAGUCACGGACGGCCACGACCGUCGGACGUUGAUGACGAUCCUCACGGACGAAGACGGCGGCCCGUUCCACGUCAACGUCAUGGACGACGCGUACGCGUUCUCCCCGAGCAAGAAUUUCUUCGCGCCGCCGGAGGGGGACUACGAGUCGUACUUGGAGUAUUUCAAAUCGUUGCCGAUCGCGGUGGAACCGGAGGUUUUCGGACUUCACGCCAACGCGGACAUCACGAAGGACCAGGGCGAGACGGACUUGAUCUUGGAUUCCAUCUUGAGCACGCAAGGGAACGCGAGCUCGGGCGGCGGGAAGAGCAAAGACGAGGUCUUGGCGGAGGUGGCGGCGCAAAUCCGAGACAGCAUCCCGCCCGUGUUCGACCUCGAGGUUGCGAAUUACAAGUACCCGGUGGACUACUACGAGAGCAUGAACUCGGUGCUCUGCCAAGAGCUCGUUCGGUUUAACCGCUUGCUCUCGGUGAUUCACAAGUCCAUCGGCGACUUUUCUCUCGCGCUGAAGGGUCUGAUCGUGAUGACCGGCGACCUCGACGCGCUCGGACACGCGAUGUACGACGGGAAGAUUCCGACGAUGUGGGCGAAGAAGAGUUACCCGUCGCUGAAACCUCUCGCGGCGUACGUCACGGAGUUGCUGAAACGAAUCGCGAUGUUGCAGAAGUGGAUCGACGAAGGGUCGCCGCCGAUGUUUUGGAUCACCGGGUUCUUCUUCACGCACGCGUUCUUGACGGGCGUGCUUCAAAACUACGCGCGGAAAUACAAGCUGCCGAUCGACACCGUCGUCUUUGACUUUCAGGCGAUGAAGUCCACGGACGACUUCACGAAGAAACCCGCGGACGGCGCGUACUGCGACGGGAUGUUCCUCGAGGGAUGCAAGUGGAGCGAGACGAAGAUGGCGCUCGUGGAGUCCGACCCGAAGGUUCUGUUCACGGAGAUGCCCGUGUUUUGGUUCAAGCCGACGACGAACGACAAGCGCGCGGAUUUCCCGCACUACCUCUGCCCCAUCUACCGAACGGCGGAGCGCAGAGGCGUGCUCGCCACCACGGGGCACUCGUCGAACUUCGUCAUCAACCUCACGGUGCCGUCGGAUAAGCCGCAGAAUCACUGGAUCAAACGCGGCGUCGCCGGGCUGCUGUCUCUGUCGUAUUAAACGACGACGCGACGCGAAGGAAGAGUGACGAUCGACCGACCCGACAUCGCGGAUGGAAGGAAGGAAGGAAAGAACCGCGCGACGCGCGCGCGCGCGACGCACACGAUAUCAUAUCAUAGCACUUAGCGCUUUGUGUAUUCAUACGACUACUAGUAAU